GGCCACCAUCUGCCGGCGCUGGCUGCAGCGGCACGCGCCGCACCUGCUCUCACAGACGGCUGAUCGGACGGCGGAUUCUCCGCCGCCCUCCAGCGUGGCGAGCUCGCCGGGCCCGGCCACAGACCUGGCGUCCGGUGGCUCACCGGCUGGUAGCUCCGCCGGGACCUCCACUGGCGCACCGACUCCGGCCGCCGGCUGUCGCUGAGACCAGCCGUCCUGGAUCCUUUACUGUUCAGAAGGGUCGCGGCAGUUUAGAGGCAGAGGAGGCUGUCCCUUGUUAGGGACGGCGACGACGAACAGGGACCGAUUACUGACAGCAUUGCAUUUGACACCGACCCAGUCUAUCUUCUCCGGCCGGUCAGUCGACGUUUUGUGAGCCGCUGCCGGGGGUUGUCACAGACGCCUGGCUGACCGGUACGAUAGUGUCCCGUUGCUGCGGGGCUGGGCGAAGCACAACGAUGGUAAUUCAGGACGGGCAUUGGACUUGGCUGUGAAUGUGCCAGUUUUUUGUAUGCGCUCUGCUUUAACGUUCAUUUAGGGAUUCAGUAGGGAACUAUGUAUCCUGUAUUAUCCAUAACCCGUGGGACAGACCGUAAUCUAAAAUAUGUAUCUCGUUUAUUCAGUGUCACGUGUUGAUAGCCUAGGUCUUUCAGCUGGUUUACCCUCAUCCACAGCAGAUCAAUACGUUUCUGAACUAUGCAUGGCUAAGAAACUUUAAUUGUUACUCUUACAGUAUCAUUCUAGCGUCGUCUUUGUUCAAAUAUGUUUUCUCAGGAGCGGCAUUAUACGAUGGCAGUCGCAUCUUUCGUGCGUCCUAUUGCUGCUAAUCACACAUUGCUCGCAUAAAUAGUGGCUUUCAUCUGACUUGUGUAGAUUGUACUUGAUAUGGUUCCUACGGUAUUGUACGACUGGGCUUAACACUUGGCUGUGUAUGAAUCCGGAGCGUAUUUCGUCAGUGUCAGUAGUUUUCUUGGACACCUGUAGCUUUAAUUGCUCAGAUCGGGUGCUCGAUUUUUCGGCAAAUAGUACAUGUUUCUUGCAGGCCUGUGUUCGUUCCCGAAACAUCUGGGUUUGAGGUAGAAUCCACGUUGGAUCGGCCACAUGUGACAGCCGCUGGUCGGCUGACAUUGCCGAAAGAUGACAAUCCUAUGAACGGUCGAUUACGGAAACGCAUGCGAUUGGCCGCAAUAUGUAUCCAAAUGUGGACCAAAGCACUCAGUUGUGUGUCUGUUGUGGGGUGCCAUAGUACUCAGCUGUGGGCAUAUUUAUACUUUCUGCUAUCAUAUUUUUGUAUAAAGUGUGUUUUGUAAGGAUUGCAAAGAGUGCACGUGUGGUACCAAAUAUAAAGUAAAGAGCAUCCAGCGUCAUAUUCCUUUGUACGAAUUGAGUGUCCGUUGAACAUCAUUAUGCAUAUAUCGUGAGAGGUGUUAUACGGCAGUAUGGCGCGAGAAUUGUGCUCGAUUGACGAAAAUGUCGACAGAACAGCAGCGAGCAUUCGCUGACAUGCGGGUAUGUGUCGAUUUAGACGAUUUUGUUCUUAAAUCCGUUGAAUGGGCCAUUGCUUUUUGGGAUGAACUUCUAUAUGUAUGGUAUUCAUGUUGAUUCCUUUUUGUGACGGACGAUAUGCCUUCUGUCUUACUAUGAAAUAUGUGGCAGCAUUAGGAACAAUGUAGACCGAUGGCCGAUAAACUUCAUGACUGUGAUAUUCCCGAAGCAUGGACAAUCCUACGAAGCCACCUGCAGAAGGAAUUGGUUGGAGACUUGAUACCGAUACCCUUUGUUACCGAAGGAGAUCUGUACGACCUUUUGACCGUCUUCUACAAACAGGACGACGGAAAGGGUGUGCUGUCGCGACUGACCCGGCCGCGGCAGUACGAGCUGCUGGGACCGCUGGCCGGCCUGGCUGACCUGGCGCACUCCAACCGAGCGGAGCUGGAGGCCUGCGCUCGACCCCAUCUGGAGGAGCUCGACUUCCCCGCCCAGUACACUUGCGAUUUGUACGGUAAAUCCGGUAAGGAGAUCCACCUCAUUGUGAAGCAGCCACACAAGAAGGUGGUGCUUCUGACGGCGACUCAGCCGGGGGACAUUGUCAUCGACAGGUCGGCGCACCCGGCGCUGCAGUACGUUGACCGCGUGUACCUGAUCACUGAAGUGGUGUACUCGGCCGGCGUAGACCUGGUGGUCUCUGCCGCCGGCCGCACCAAACAGUACUUCUCAAGUCGCGUGCUGCCGCUGGCGUUCAUGUACCAAAAGUUCCCCGUCGACGAGUACGGCGCUGUCGGCACGGAGGUGCCCUCUGGCGGAGAUAUGAAGAAGAUGAGUUUCGUCCAGGUGCGCCGGAGCCGCCGGCCGGACGACCCUCUGCCGGAGGCACCCCGGACCUCGAUAUCGGCCCGAUGGCAGCCGGCGGCGCGGCGCAGCCCACGCGACGGUCUGCCGCUGCUGCCUGCCGCCGCGCCCGGCACCCGCGGGCCGCUGCCGCCCCUGCCUCCCGACUGAGCCGUGCUGGGGAUAUGAUGCAUCGAACAAAUAUCGUAUUACGUUUUGAUAAUAAAAUGUGUGACAACCUAACA